AUUACAAAAUCGACAUCGUUGAUAAUCUAACUCAUACACUCUCUUUACUUACUUUACUAUAAAACCAUAUCUCUAAGCAAAUCAGUUUUGUUUCUAUCUAUUCUCUCUUCCGUGAUGGACUAUUCAUCAUCUCUCGAUCCCAACACCAACCCUUUCGAUCUUCAUUUCUCCGGCAAACUUCCGAAAAGGGAAGGCUCUGAUUCGUCUUCUGUUGAUUUAGUCAAAGACGAGAAGGCUAAUACGUUACAAGAGGAGUUAAACCGGGCCAAUUCCGAGAACAAGAAGCUAACCGAAAUGCUAGCCAGAGUCUGUAAGAAUUACUAUGCUCUACAAAACUAUCUGGAGGAGUUGCAGAGUAGGAAGAGUCCUGAAAAUGAUAAAUUUCAGACCGAACAGCUUACGAGGAAACGAAAACAGGACAUUGGUGAGUUAGUAAGCUCCUCGGUUGGACUCGGUUGCGGUACAAGCGAGAUUAUCUCCGGCGAUAAUUCAACGGUUUCAACCUCUUAUUAUCCCGCUGAUAAGUCUGAUUCAAGCUUGACUGUGAAAGAUGGAUAUCAAUGGAGGAAAUACGGGCAAAAGAUUACGAAAGAUAACCCAUCUCCUAGAGCUUACUUUAGGUGCUCUUUUUCACCGUCUUGUCCGGUCAAGAAGAAGGUGCAACGAAGUGCAGAAGAUCCAUCUUUCUUGGUAGCCACUUACGUAGGGACACAUAACCACCCAGGUCCACAUAUAGGUGGGUCCAGGACAGUGGAGCUUGAUCUCGUCCAAGGUGGUCUUGGACCUGUCGAGGAAAAGAAAGAGAAGGGAUCGGUUCGAGAGGUUUUGAUGCAACAAAUGGCCGCUUCGUUGACGAGUGAUCCUAAGUUUACUGCAGCUCUUGCGGUUGCUAUUUCAGGGAGAUUGAUAGAUCAGUCAAGAACAUGAAAAUUUCUUUAGAUUAUAUUUGUAUAUUUGUUAUUUUAUUGCUAAUCCCUAGUAAAAAGAAAGGGAUUUUGGAUUGAUCUUGAUUAGCAGACAAAGACGACGACUUUAUGUA